AUGGCGGCCACUAUGGUUAACAAGAGUGGGAGUAGCCCUGCUGCAUCAUCACCUUCUUCAGAACCAUCAUUAGAAUCAUCUUUUCCACCUCAAGUGUCUUCUUCGUCAUCCUUAUCUUCAGACACUCUAUCUACCAGCAUUAAAACCAACAACAGUGAUGUCAGGGAAACUUCUUUCUCAUCAACACCUGAUCAUUUAUGCAACAAUGAACCACAUAAUGUGACAGAAAAUUCAUUGGAGCAAAAAAGCAAAAUCAUCAUUCGCUAUUCGAAAGCAUGUGAAAAGUGUAAAAAUGUGUGCAACUCAAGUGAGCAGGGCGACAACAAAAACAGCAACAAGGAAAAUUACUCAUUUGAGUUGUUGAAUUCUGAUAACAGAGGAAAUGGCAAGAGUUCUUCUAACUGCAGCAACAACUGCAAUAGAAAUGUAGUGUUAACAGCUGGAAAGCAGCAAACGUCAGUGGAACCUUCAGUGAGUAUCAGCACUACUAACUCAACUACUACAGCCAAUAACAAUAUUGAGAAUGCUGUGACCUCGGUACCUUCUGCGAUACCUUCUGCCUUAAUUCCUAGUAUUGUUUCUCAGCCUACAACCACUACUUCUACUACUACUGCUACUGCUACUUGUUCUGUUGCUACAAACGUUAAAGCUAAGAAUGAUAAUCUUGUCAGUUUGAACAAGCAUAAACAAUCUCGGCCACAACACUCUACACCCUUCCACAAUCAUGCACCACCCUCGUUCAGAAUGCAACAACAUCAACAAAUUCUGCCUCAACAACAACAACAACAACAACUAUUUCCUCAGAGGUUAAAUCAUUGGUCACGAAACGUCAAUCGCAACAACAAUCAUAAUAAUCAAAACAACAACAAAAGUUAUCAGGAUUGUACAACUAAGAUGACAUACGGUGGUAGAAACAACAACAACAAACCAGUAAACAACAGUAAUAAUAAUCUUAUCAGUAACAACAACAACAAACCAGCAAACAACAGUGAUAAUAAUCUUAUCAGUAACUCACUAUACAGUAACGAUUAUAGAUUUGAUAGAUCUAAAGCCAACAACUACAACAAAAACAGUAGCAGCAACAAGAACUACAACACAACAUAUCAACAACUACCACAAUUUCGUGUUGUAUACUGUCCUAUCUAUACAUUCAUCGAAAAUCCUUGUUAUUCCAACCACUGUUCUGGUCAUUACUUUUCACAACGUAAUGUGUCUUAUUCUAAUUUUGUCUAUCCUAAUCAGCUGAUUAACCAAAACGCAUCUAUACUGCUAUCAAGGGUGUCAAAUCUGACGACAUUACCAUCCACAAACUCAACAUAUGCUGCGCCAUCAUCAACAUUUUUCUCUGUCACACAGCAACAACAGCAACCAACUGCAUUUCCUCCAGGAAUAGUUCCAUUCAAUCCAUCAGUACCUCCACCCAAUUACAUCCCUCAAUCAAUUGUACCCCCUACGUUUCAAGAUAAUUUGAAUAGCAGUGACCUUAGUAGAAGGAUAUAUUGCUCCAAUUGUGCUCAGCUAGGUCACAGAGCCACAAACUGCAUCGAGCCUUAUAUGAUCUGA